GCUGGGAAGCGCGUCUCUUUUUGAUGAAAAGGCAGACUGAUUUUCAAUCCAAAACGUGUGGAAUGCCGGAUUCAGUCUCCGUACCCCGAUACUGCCAAAAAGAGGAUCUACGAGGAGCUGAGGCGCCGAUGCAGUGAGACUAGAAGUUAAAAAUCGGGCAAGACACAGCCAGGCGAGUGGCGGGGGGGAGUGACCAGUAGUUCCUUCCCUCACCGGCUACUCAAGGAACACCCUCGAACCUAGAAAAGAAGGACGAGAAGGGAGCAGACGUCCGUUUUGGGCGGAAAGAUUCGCGGAAAUUAGAGGAUGGAAGGGGAGAAGAGCAAGCUAUAGGGAAUGGUAGCGUGUUUGAAGGACGCAACGACUUACGUCUUCCUUCUACAGAGAUGAAAUACGGGAAGGCAAGACAGAAUCUUUAUUCACGCCUCAUUCCGGUGAAGGAAAAGGCGAGAGCUGAGCGCAAACGCAUUCUCGAUCGACGCUUGACCGCCUCAUCCCUUUUCUCACACGUUCCCUCUACGAUAAGGGAUCGACGGGGUAAAUCGGCUUGGGAAGUAACGGCGUGAACAGGAACACGAAUCGAAACGUGAUCACAACGAUCCUCACGGCAAACUCCUUCCACCAGAAUCUGAUUGCGGCAAAUCCGUUUGGCGUUUUCCCUUCCGGUCGAACAAAGUGAGGAGGGCUUCUAGACGGUUUUCAAAGCUGAAGAAAAAGGUAGUCGAUUGAAAGAGAGAUCUUCGAUGAAUAGCAACCAGCGUAUCUAGUAUCGAACACUACGCGAUUUUCCCACAUACAACUCCUUAGACCUCUACGCACAAAAUUCCCGUUGUUCUGCACGGGUCGCCUUCGAGAGAUCGUUUGCUUCGACUCGAGACAAAAAGAAAAUCAGGAGUAAGGAUGCAACACAGAAAACUGUGAAGCCCUCCAGCACUAUGACGUGAGGGUCGAACAGAAAACGUUCCACGUCUUGUGUGCUUGCAGGGGAACAUCUGAAGACAAGUCAAGUUCCGCAGAACGUCCCGAUUGCCGCGCUGCGUUUCGCCGCCAAACAGAAACAGCAGUGCAGCAACGAUCGUUAUAAACUACUGUCUGGAACCACAAGCAGGGCCGUCUUAUCUGUCCGCAGUCUAUUUUCUUUCAUUUUCCGGAGCAAAAGCGGUGUGCGGCUCGGGAAACAGCGGACAGGGUAUCUCUAGAUCCCCCUUGGUUGCAGCGGGCAGAGAAGUGUUGGCCAGACGGAGUGACCGCAUUUUCCUCAUUCGUCUGACAGUUUGCCAGGGACAUGGUUCAUUCGCAUAGUCUUCCUGGUAUCAUACAGUAUGUUUCUCAGCCUGACGAAACCUGAAUACGCAUCCUCUUCGACGCCUGAACAACGAAAACGGUCCCGUGAUCAUCGUGUGUAGUGGGAACCUCAGUGGGAAGCGAGUCUCAAGAAAGAAAGGGAGAUCCAUUGAAAUUCAGUGACGUUACUCUAAAGAUUGCAUCUGCAUCGUUUGUGGCAUAAAUUCUGGAGCGCAUUGGUCCCUAGUGGAAAAGACAAGGCAAUCCAUAGGGGCGCCGCUCGCGUAGAACCGUUCAAAAAUGGUGAUACGCCGUUUGGCUUUCGUGCGUGAGCGACUGAACGGAGACUGUGCUGCAGCUUUUCCUGUAAGGGACAAUAAGGAAAAUUGCCGUGGUGUCCGCUGAUAAUGAAGAAGUGAAGCAGACGCCCUCCAGCGUUACGGCAGAGAUUCAGAGGCAGGCAUGGUGCAGGCAGCUCCUUCUUCUUCCUUGCCUGAUGGGCAAGUAGGGAAAGGCCAGGGCAUACUGCCUUGUCAGUUCCCCACGACACGACUCACAUGGUUUCUUGUCGAAAUAUUUCUGGGAAUGGCUCCCGUUCUAAGGAUAAACGAGAGAAGAAGAGACGCUUCACUUUCAACGCGCUCAGUGCAGGGAACAUGUGCGAUUCCACUCUGCGCGUUGCCACGAAGUCAAUCAAGCGACUGUGUGCAGUCUCGCACACCUGGAUUACGGUGCCUUUCUGUCGUCCACUGAAGGGAAGAAAGGUCGCGAGAGGACGGAUCAACCGAGAUCAACUGUGCUCGUGGAUUCUUCCAAGAAACACAGUGCCGAAGAAGAAACACACGCAGAUUUUACUGCGACACUAUUUGAGGCUUAAUCAUACACAGAGAGUCCCAGUUCUCUCUGCUGAUAUGAUGGAGUACUCUUGGAAAGGUUACAAAAUGUUGCGCACGAAGCACGAAUGAUGAGAGCAUCUCUAAGGAAGAUUCUCGCAAGGCAGUUUAGUGUUGAUAAACUCAGCGCAGUUAGGGAAAUCCUGAGACUGCAUUCCACGAAGUACCCUAGUGGAAACCUCGACAGGGUAGCAAGCGAGUAGAGGAAGCCCCUGCCUCUAAGAAACAGACAGCACUACAGAUAUGGAUGCAGUUUAGAACAACAAGGCCGUCGACCAUGCAGGCAUCUCCUGGAUGAUACAGGAAAGGUGCAAGAAAUGGGCUAUUUCACAGAUGUAGACUGAGAGGCGAGGACAAAGGACCUCAAGGAGAGGGUCAAGGAACUCCGCAACUGUCGCGCGAGACCGGAUGGCACUGUGCUGAAAGGUGGUGAGACAAUAUGUUGGGAGUGUAAUUACACAGAACACAACGGUUAUCACUGUGCGAUGCGUUGUGCCUACCACCUUUCAGCAAGCCUCGGAAGAGGACGGGUCCCCCACUGCUGUAGCUCUUUAGGAACUGGGAGAGAAGGGAGGCUUAAGAAGCUCCAAACAUUCACGUGGCGCGAGUUUGCAUCAUUACUCUUCAAGAAUCGAUCCUCACAGGAACGAGAUUCAAACAAUUCUUUUUAUCUUUGCAUGCCUGCACUCGCUUGUGCGGCAAAAAACGUGGCAACCUACAUGAGCAGAAAAACCGAUACUCGGCUUCGACUGCAAGACGUUCCGAAGGUUCUCGCUGGAAAUUUGAAAGGAUCCUCUGACAAAGAAGGGUCUGUGGGGACUGACAGAUUACGCAAGUGAGGACGAGAAAAGACAGCCUAUGGCAAAUGCGGAAGACUGAGUUUCACGGGUAUCUACGUCCUUUCGAACAAUACAGAACGUGAUAAGCUGAGGAUCGAAAGCUAGGUCCCUACAGCGUCCGUCUUGUCCCCAUCCCGAGUCUAGUCUAAGGCGAACCUUUUCUUCUCCCUUUUGCGCCAGGCGGCAGCCCGGUGGAAGCAGCUGCGACCCUUUUGGCUUCUUCCGAGUUUUUUACGGCCCACGGGGGAAACGGAAAUAAUAGACAUCGACGUUUUUGGAUGCUGUUCCAGCUGCGGGCACAUUGCUUAUAUUCUAUAGGAGCGUCGUUUCGACGUGAAGUCUCCCGCGUUCGCCCCAGCCACUCUCAUGGUACAAAUAGGAUUCAGUACAGUGAAUACCGAAUUUUGGGGGUCGUUGAGCGAAAAAAAGUGCGUUUACCGCGCUGUAAAGUGGGAAGCAGUGCAGAUCCGAGCCAGAAGAGACGACACAGCUCGGCCGCGUUCCUCGACAUGUGCACACAAAGAACGGUGGGUGAGUCGGCUGGGCUAAGAAUUCGAGUGGGCGACCUUUCCCAUUUGUUCUCGCGGCCGAGAAAAGUGAAAGUUCCCUCACUUGGCCAGAGUUGAAAGACGACGUCUCCUUCUUUUGCAUGAGAUCGCGGAAACGGCGGAGGCACUUGUUUCGCAUUUGCUGCUCCUUCCCACACCAACCAGGGGUGUUUGUAGUGGUGCCCGGUGAGCCUGCCGUCGCGUCCUAGGUACCGGAAACAGUGUCGCCCCUCUCCUCGUGCGAGGCGCCUGUCGCUGCGACGGUUGUGAUGCACUGAAGGAACUUUUCUUGUCUUACGUGGACGCUCUCUUGGCCUUGACGAAAGAGACUUGGGCCGUGUUCAUCCGAGGACGCUCUGCGCAAUACGUAAAUGGAUUGACGCACACAACCAGCCACAUGCGUUUUCGGUAGUUUUUUCUUGGCGGCAAUCUGCACAGGGUAUUUUCCACCCUGUGUUUUGCCCCUCCAGUCGAGAAAACGUGACCGUGCGUGAAACGGACCAAAUGCAGAUUCUUCCUGGAAAAGACAGUCUUCAGACGGCUAGUCUCCUGUCUUGUGCUCCCUGUUCUUGAUGUUAUUCCUGUCGCCGGAUCUUUCCUUCCUCGUGUAGUCGAUGCGGUAUAGUGCGCUAUAGCCUCAUUUCCGAGUUCCGACGGGUUUCUCGCCUCUCUGCCCAUGGGCGAGUCGCCGAUUUUUUGUCCGCACCAUUUUUGAACGAGGCUUUAUUGGUUUCAGGUCAGUUUUUGUAAGGAGGUUGCGCUCGUUUUUUUUUGCUUUCCAGCGUGCACUCCCGGACGACUGGCGUCUAGUUAUCCGUUCACUUUUUUAGGUCCUUGCGUGCCCCACCCAGAGAACGCUCGUUCCCAUGUUAGUAGGCACGAAACAAUAAAAUCCCCGGUGCGUGAGCACUUGUUUUCAUCUGUUGAACUAGGGUCGCGUGUCGCCUGUACGCUUCACACGUAGAUUCUCGGAAGUGUCGACGUAAAUACUGUUCUCUGUACAUUCAGGCAUUUUCGUGUACGCAUGCAUGUGUUAUGUGACACAACACCGGUGCAACCCCCACUCUGUUCUUCUCUCUCUUCUCCAUUUUCUUGCUGUGCUGGCGGCGUAUUUUCUCCCUGUCGUCUGUUGAAACCUCUUACAGAGGAUCGAAUGAAGGAGGUAAAGACCAGUGGAGCUUGCCGUCGUGCUCUGUCAGUGCCCCGGCGCGUUUGUUUGGUAUGUAUAACGUGGAAGCAGUCAUCUCGUGGUACGCGUAAGAUGAAAAAACUUUCCGAGUCACGCCUGUAGUUUGCGUGCGAUUUCCAUGCACGCAACGCAGUCCUCGGCUUCCAUUUCUUCACUUUUCGGUCCGCCAUCAAAAGUUCCCGCCACGUCGGUCUUUGGCGGAUACACGGAUACGCUUCUGGUCUCGCUUCUGUUGGGUCCUUCCACAGAGAACGCCGGCUACGGACUGAUUUCCCGUUGCUCCAAACAACCCUUCCAGACCUGGCCUUGUCUUCUUCGUCUUUGUAGCCUUUUCCUCUGGGUGUCUUCGCUCUUUUCCUCUUACUUUCGUGUCACGGCGACUUGAUUUGGUCACCAAAGCGCGACAGAGUGCGUGCAAAGUCGCGUCGCACGUCUGGAGACACUCGGUGCGCAGGUGUUUCCCCCCGUCGUUCGCGGUCACUCCCCCAAGUCGAAACUCUACAGUAGAGCAAGAAAGAAGAUGGAAUAAGUGGAAGUAGGGGAAACAGUUAUCGCGGAGAGCGCGUGCUGGACUGCGGCGCGUGGGCGCCUCCCCUACGCAUCCACGGGGUCACGGAGAACGGUCGUAUGGAGCAUCAUCUUCACGCCUUCGGCAAAACCACGGGAGAUUCCUCGACUUCUGUUGUGGUGGAUCCAGUGUUUCCGCCCGAGCUCCCGUAGAACGAAGACGCAGACGCCAUCACACUCUUUCUGUGCGGUAUCACGGGUGGUAGUACUGACCUUUCCGUUAAUUCCCUGAAGUUGCAAAAUGAGGGGACUUCUGACCACGAUUGGACGGCUGUGUCCGAUUCUGUUCCUUUUCUGCUUCCUGGAAUUCGAGGAGGCACCUGUGCAGCGGCAGCGGAUGUUCUCGCUGCAGUGUAUGUACGGCGCUCAAGGCGUGCCGGACGUGACCACAGUAGCAGACGUCCGGAGAUUCGUGCAAAAUUUUCGCGCGAUGAAACGCAUUAUCCCUCACUACUAUGCAUCAUUCACGCAUAGGGGCGACCUCAUCUACUUCCUUGGGCUAAAUAACAUUGACGUUUCGGUGCUCGAGGCGAACAAGAGAUUGACGCAACGGGAUAUGGAACAGCACUUGCACUUUGUACGGCAAAUUGUAUGGGACUGCAUUGUUUCUGUCGACGAGGAACCGCUGAUGUACAUGGUGGUAGACUUGCGUGGCCUCCAGCUGAUGAACGCGUGGACAAAGAAGAACAGAAUCUUGACAAGCCUUCUUCGAUCUAUUCGCGACCAUACCUUCACCAAGCGUUUCCAUCGGGUGCAGGUUGCGGCUAUUUCAGAGAACCGUGUGGCCCGGACAAUUGUGGAAAUGAAGCGUCAUAAGUUUCCAGCAGGAACCGAUGUCCAGGUGUAUCCAUCAUUCGAUGCUUUUAUAAAUGCCAACAAACACGUAACCAGGGAUGUUCUUCCCAGAUCUCACGGCGGGUCGUCGGACCUGGAUCUUCCCAACGAAGGGCUAGAGUACAUGAUCUCUUUCUUCGUGGAAGAAAUCCUGGCCCGCCAGCCGCAAGCACUUUACGAGUGUUCGAAGGCUCAGAAAGCAAAAUCUUCUGGAUAGUUAACCUGUGGUAGGCGUUGCUUGGAUUUCGUGCCGAUUCUUCUUGGCGGCGUCGUGACCACGACUGUUCGCAUUCGAGAUACCAAAACCAAAAUGUGGAGGGUACCUCGCAAUCAUUCACCGUGACGCUUUUUGUCAAAAGUUUCUGUCGAGGUGUAGGCUUCGAUAGUGGCGUCCAGUUCAUGAUUAUCCGCAGAACGAGCUUCCGUCGGUUGUGUCAGUCUCGAGUUGUGAUUGUCCUGUAAGGGAAGCGACACAGGCGCUGAACUGUGCCGGUGCAGUGUCCAGUAUCACUCUUUGGUGGCAUUUUCGACGAGGGGAAUAAGGGUUUCAAAAGCGUAGAGGUAGAAUUAUUCUUAUGGAAAGGCCGGCGGGAGAUGCCUUCAAAGAUAGUGGUGGACCAGAUGUUGCAACUGAGAACGACGUGGCCGUUCGUGUGGUGAGUGGCUCCAUCCAUCUAUCGGAUGUGGUAGCGGAAGUCAGUGUCCUACAUGGUCGACAGAGACUGUGGGGAUCGUGGCACAUGCGCAUCGGAACCAGGAGGUGUGACCGGUGUAACGAGGGGUGUCCUUCCUACCGUCUGGUAUGUCAGCAAGGUGACCUGAACCUCUCGACAUCCCGCAGGACGUGGCAUACUGUUGGGACAAGAUGAAUUGUGGAGAUUUAUCUUGUGGCUCACAAGUGUUGGCAAGGGACUUUCGACUUGUGAGCAUCCAGUCUAGGGAUCGUCGAAGCAACGGUUGCUAGCUACAUUGUACUGUGCACAAGUUUACAGUAGGAUCGUGAUGACUUUGCCAAACAGGUGGCACGAGAGGAGUGGAAAAACAAUUAGUUUUCUCUUUACUGAGGGCCAUCGUCUCUGAAUCGAAGCUGCACUCAAGAGAAGUCUUGAGCGGUAGACGCCCGGAUUGUUGGUACGCAAUCACGUAAUCUCGAUGCCGUAAGCAUCCAUACAGGAGGGGGUUAAUACCUUCGACCUCUGGUGUUGUGCGUGGAGAAUCGACUUUUUUGCCAUGUAGGCAAAACUUUCCGGUGAAAUGUUUUCAGUGUAAGUGGUAAACCAGCUUUUUAGACGUACUGGGACCCAGUCGUUGAGUAGUCGGGGCGUGCAGAGACCAUCAUCUUGUUUUUGGUUUUUUAAAAAACAAAGUGUGCAUCAUACUUUGUGUCAUGCGCACUGGCGUUUCAAUAGUGCGUUUCUGCAGAGGAAAGCUUCAACAGGGCUCCGUGUCCCGUGGUUCAGCUGCUUGUGCGAAUGGUGAGCUUUCACACUUCACUGCUGGUACUCACAGGAUGGAGGGCACGGCACAUGACGCAUGACGUAUUGUGGAUGCUUUUUACGCGCUAGUGUUGUGUCUGUUGUUUGAAAACGGAAAAAUGUUCUUCGGAACAGUGGAGACUUUGUGUGCAUUGCACCUGAUGACAGCGAUGUUGGUCUCUAACUGAACCCGUCUUCUCACGAUGCUGGCUUAAACAUCUGUGCCUUACAACGUCGAUAUUUCAUUUUGGAAGGCGGCAUGACUUUACUUGUGUGGCAACAGUAUGAAAGGAACCAAUGUAUUACGUUCCUGGACUAGAGUUCGUAACCAUAACCGCAGAGAACUCUGCAAGGGGUUUUGAGUUAGGUACAGUCUGUCAGAAAUGAGUGAUGUUGGUCCCAAGAACACGGCAGAACUAGUUCUAUCAACUUUUCGCAGCAGCGUGACAGUACCAACAUGAUCUUCGCUCUAACGUAGUUGAGACUGAUUUUCUAUGAAGGAUGACAGCUUACAGCGAAAAUGCUCGGCCUGUCGAUCCAACACUGCCGACAGUGAAAGGAUGUCGAGCUCACGAAGGCUCAAAUGAGCCUUGAGAAAGGUAACCUGAGCGGAUACACGGCGUUUUGUCCGUUCUUUCUCGCCAAGUCUUCCCAAAUGUGUUCACGUUCGGCAAGUCAUGUUUUCCCUAGUCGCAGCACUCUGUUUGACAAGCUAUUGUAUUGUGCACGUGUAAACCACCUAAACAAAUUGUCUCGCACCGGGUGGAGACGUGCCCGUACCGGUAGGGAUUCUGUAGCGCCCGAACGAGACUCCUGAAGAGCAGCAGGUUGUCAUUCCAUCUGCUGUUAAAAUGAAUCAUGCAGACCUCUCCGCUCACCAUUUUUUCCCGGUUACCAGAAUCACAACAGCAUCGUCAGCUUUACCGGAGAAUCUCGACCCACUGUAGUCCUCUUUCAGUAAAGCGACUGUGCGUACAUAAGCUUGUAGAAAGCCUGAGCUGUUCUGAAACCCGU